UCCCUGGUCUAGCCAAACUACUUAUCAGCGUUUACAAAUUCAGCUUGAAUUUAUCCACCAGUUCAGGUCAAAUUAGGAGACAGAAAUGUCAACGCGGAGGGGGGGAGAGAGAGAGAGAGAGAGACGAGGCUGACCGUUGACGGUUGACCUUUGCUUGUUAACAGAGAGGGAAACGCGCGCCAUCGUUCAUCGCUCCUAAACAUUCUUCUCUCCCAGAUACGGUGGCAUCCACCGACGCCAUGGCCGCGGCUUCUCCUCCCCUCCUCCCCGUCUCCGUCCUCCCGGCGGCCACCGCCGCGACCGCCACCAUCGUCCUCCCCGUUCCGGACACCUCCUCGGCGGCCGACCAGCGCGCCUACCUCGCCCGCCUCCUCGACUCCGCCAAGCGCUCCCUCUCCGGCGCGCGCCCGUGGGCGGAGCUCCUCCACCGCGCGGCGCUCAGCCGCCCGGACUCCCUCGCCGACGCCACCGCCCGCGUCCGCAGGAACCUCGCCUACUUCCGCGUCAACUACGCCCUCCUCGUCGCGCUCUCCCUCGCCGCCUCCCUCCUCGCGCACCCGUUCGCGCUCGCCGCCCUGCUCGCGCUCCUCGCCGCCUGGUGCGCGCUCUACCUCCUCCGCCCCGCCGACGCGCCCCCGCUCGCGGCCUUUGGGAAGACCUUCUCCGAGAGGGAGACGCUGGGCGGGCUCCUGGCGGCGUCGGCGUUCGUCGUCUUCGUGACCUCCGUCGGGUCCAUCGUCUUCUCCGCCCUCGCGGCCGGCGCCGCGCUCGCCUGCGCGCACGGCGCGUUCCGGGUGCCCGAGGAACAGCUCUUCCUCGACGACGACCUGCAGCCUGGCGCUGGAGGAAGAGCGGGCUCCUCCGUCGACCUGCUCUCCUUCUUCACCAACGCCGCCGGAGGAGGAGGCGGGCGCGGCUGAGGCGCCCCACGUCAUUCCGUCGACUGAUUCAUUCUUGAGAAAUACUUCAUCGGUUCUAAAUUACUUGUCGAAGGAAUUGAUGUAUCUAGACGUAUUUUAAUUCUAGAUACAUCUAACUUUAUCCUUUUGCGACAACUAAUUCCGAACCGAGCGAGCAUACGAGACACCAUAUGUGUUGCUAGUUAGCUACACCUACGUACACUAAAUGAAUUUUUUAAUUACAUUUAGGAUUUUAUACGAUUCAAAAGAUUUUUAUAGGAAAUUUGGAGAAACAAAAUAUUUAUGAAUUAUUUCUCUGUGGAUUGUUUGAUACCUAGAAUUGAAUUAUAUAUGAUAUUUUUCUAAGAA